ACUCCGCGGUCUGUCCCGACCCCACUGGCACCCUACAUUGACCUCCUUCGGGCGGACAGCGAAGAGCCCCGGUGCAGAAUGGCCCGGGGAACCGUCCCUUCCCCGCUGGACGACUUGGACCUCAGCGGCGAGGAGGUCCGGCGCCUCACCUCCGCCUUCCGGGACCCCGAGUUCCGGCGCCUCUUCUCCGAGUACGCCGAGGAACUCACGGACCCGGAGAACCGGCGGCGCUACGAGGAGGAGAUCACCGCGCUGGAGCGUGAGCGCGGAGUGGACGUGCGGUUCGUGCACCCGCAGCCGGGCCACGUGUUGCGCACCAGCCUGGACGGGGCGCGGCGCUGCUUCGUGAAUGUGUGCAGCAACGCGCUGGUGGGCGCGCCCAGCUGCCGGCCGGGCGCCGGGGCCGCGGUGGCCGGCAGCCACUGGUCUCUGCCCUACAGCCUGGCCCCCGGCCGCGAGUACGCCGGGCGCGGCGGCACCCGCUACACCGUCUACGACGUGGUCUACCACCCGGACACGCUCGCGCUGGCCCGGCGUCACGAGCCCUUCCGCCAGAUGCUGGAUGCCACGGCCCUGGAUGCUGUUGAGCGGCAGUUCCACGUGAAGCUGGACCGCCGGAAUGCCAAGACCCUGAAGAUCAAGUACAAGGGGACCCCGGAGGCAGCCGUGCUCCGCACGCCCCUGCCUGGGGGCGCCCCUGCCCGGCCGGACGGGGAGCCCGAGAGUCCUCUCCCCGAUUUCCCCUACCCCUACCCCGCAGCGGCGGGGGACUCCACGGCCCGCCAGCAGCCCGCGCCCCCGCGGCCCGAGGCGGUCCCGCCAGCCGCCCCCACCGAGCCUCGCUACAGCGUGGUGCAGCGCCAUCACGUGGACCUCCAGGAUUACCGCUGCUCGCGGGACUCGGCCCCCAGCCCGGUGCCCAAGGAGCUGGUGGUCACCAUCGAGCUGCCGCUGCUCCGUUCGGCGGAGCAGGCGGCGCUGGAAGUGACCGGGAAGCUUCUGAGCCUCGACUCGAGGAAACCCGACUACCGGCUGCGGCUCUCGCUCCCUUAUGCGGUGGACGACAGCCGCGGCAAAGCGCAGUUCAACAAGGCCCGGCGGCAGCUGGUGAUCACGCUGCCCGUGGCGCCGGGGGCCGCGCGCCGGGGACCCGCUUUCGAGCCGGAAGAGCCGCCCGGAACUGACGGCGCUCCCUGCGCUUCCGCCGGCGACGGGGAGGCGGGCCCGGACGGGGGGUCCGUGGGGGAUCGAGCCUCGAGUCCCAUCCACGCCGCGCCUGCGGACGCCGCGAUCCCCGACUCGCCCGCCGCAGCCGGAGAGGCGCUCGUCUCCGCGCCGGAGGGACGCGACAGUGGAGAGCGAGUAGGGACCGCUGCGAGCAGCCAGGAGGAAGCGCCCCCCGGAGACAGGGGCUCCCCGUGCCUUUCUCCUGCGGACCCACGAGUAAACGUGUGCGGCGAUCUGGGCUCGGAGACGCACGUGGCGCCGCUGGAUGGAGCCAUGGGCGGCCCCGACGCCGGUCGCGGGGUAGCUUUGUGCCCCCCUCUGCAGUGUGACCAGGACGGAGAGUCCCUGACUCUGCUCGUUCGAGUGCCCCGCAUCCAGCCGCAAAGUCUUCAAGGGGACUUGAGCCCCCAACGGUACAAACUAGGCUUCUCCACAGAGGACUCCGUGUCUUAUUCCUUCUUGUUGCAGUUUGCUCCAGAGAAUAAACUGAGCCCCAAAGAACCGGUCAUUGACAUCUCUUCAAACAAUGCUGUGAUCGAGCUGGCCAAAUCUCCAGAGAGCCAUGGACAUUGGAGAGAGUGGUAUUACGGUUUAAACGACGAGUCUCUGGAGGAAAGAUUUUUUGUCAAUGAAGAUAAUGUUAAUGAGUUUCUUGAAGAAGUCAUGAGCUCUCCAUUCAAACAGACAAAGCCUCUAACCCCACCAUUAAUAGAAGUUCUACAGGUUACUGACAGCAAAAUUGAAAUUCAUGCAAAGUUGCAAGAAAACAGUAAAUCUGAUCAGCUUCAUGAAAAAGAAGAAACAGUCAAUGAAGAAAGUCAUCUUGCAGAAAAAGAAAAUACAGAAUUUCCUACCACCUCAAAAAGUAAUUCUGAUUCAUCCUUUAUUGUUAAAGUACUACAAACAGAUGGUUGUGAUUCAGUUGCAUGCUUGCAACAAGAAUCUAUUGAUGGCUCUCAAAUACUGUCUGGAAAGUCUCAGCAACCUGAAUCAGAAAUGAAAACAGAAUAUAAACAAGAAAAAUAUGCUAUUUACUCAGAGGAUGAAAAAGAUAAUUCGAAAGGAAAAGAAAUAACUGAAGAGAAAGAAUUUGAUGAAGAUUACUUAUCUUCAGUACCAAACAAAACUAGAGUUCACAAUAUACCUGGUUUUGACACAAUUAAAGAAACCAACAUGCUGGACGGUAGUGUGCAAAUUAUUAAGGAUCAUGUGACCAACUGUGCAUUCAGCUUUCAGAAUUCUCUGCUGUAUGACUUGGAUUAAUUCUAUAUAUGUCUAGAAAGGUAAAAGAAUAAAACUUAAAAUAGGUCCUGUUAAGUCCUGUUAAGUAUUUUUUAAAUGAGAUGUGCAAGAAAGUAUAAAAUUAAAAUUUGGAGGCUGGAUAGAGUAUAGUGAAUAAGACUACUUGGAUGUGACCCAAAAGCUAAAAAAAUUAAAAUUUGUAUUAUUCUAAAGGGGAAACAAGAUGUUUAAUUUUUAUUUUGGAUCUAGAUGGUUUAUACAAAGUUUCCUGAUCAUAAAGAUAUUUUAUGAUUAAUAUAUUGAUAAAAUGGAGUUCACUAUUUAAUAAAGUUAACUUAUAUGUAUGUCUUCGCUUCCUUUGUUUUAGAACAUCCCUAAAUGGCGUGUACCACAU